GAGUCGUGUCCGUCGUGUCUGUUGGGGCGACUGCAGGCGUCUCUCGAUUUUUACGGUCUCCUUGUGUUAUGACUGUGCUGAAAAAGGCAGGAGGACACAGUCCCGCGAAGGAACAAGGUUCGAACCCAGAAGAACUUGGCCCACUUUUGCAGGGAACAGGUGGAAGAACACUCGGCAACAUGAAUCACCAGCAAACGGAUCCGUGUGGAGGAGGGAACAGUCCCCCCAGUACCAACCUGGGUGGUGCAAGGAACACGACCAUGUCAAGCCCGUGGCAUCUGCUUCACGCUAUGAGAGCCAUGCGGAUUGCAUCUCAAGAUCCAUCAGCGGAUUCAGCAGACAAUUGUGACAUUCCCCUUCGGGAAGAGCCUCCCGGGAAAGAAAACGACAGUAGUUUUGGGGGCCGGAUGUGGGAGCUGGUUCGAAAGAGGCGGCAGUAUCAGCAUGUGCGGAAACCGAAGGUAGCAGACAGCGAGAUGGACAGAUCCUGUGCGGACGGAGGCUCGGAACUCCAGACCAUGCUGCCCACACCCAUCGUCACAAUCCAUAGCCUAUGCGACCGCCUGAACACGGCGCCCAAUGCCCACCGACAGGCUUUGCAGCAGGGAACUCCACUCAGUGUACUGCCAAACACCAAGUUGGACCUCAAGAAGAUCAACGGCGACGUGUGUCUCCUUACCGACAGUCCCUAUCGUAUCCUCAGGGCUGCCGAGAGCGGUAAUGUGGAGGACUUCGGGCGCCUGUACCUGGCAGAGCCGGGACGUCUCGGGGUGCGGGAUUCUAGAGGCAGGGCGGCGGCUCAUCAGGCGGCUGCGAGGAACAAGCUGAACAUCUUACAAUUCAUUGCCGCACAUGGAGGAGAUCUAAAUAUUAAAGACCACGCUGGCAACACUCCUUUGCAUGUGGCUGUGGAAAAUGAAUCUGUUGAGGUGGUUGACUACUUACUGCAAAGUGGUGUAAACACAAGCAUACUGAAUGACAAGAAACAAGCGCCAAUUCAUCUGGUGACAGAAUUGAACAAGGUGGCAGUGCUGGAAGUAAUGAGCAAGUAUAAAGACCGCAUUGACAUCCUGCAAGGGGGAGAACAUGGCCGUACAGCUCUCCAUCUAGCAGCCAUCUAUGAUCAUGAAGAGUGUGCACGAAUACUUAUACGUGAAUUUGGAGCCUGUCCUCGAAGGCCAUGCAACAAUGGUUAUUAUCCAAUUCAUGAGGCUGCGAAGAAUGCAUCAUCACGUACAAUGGAAGUAUUCCUGCAGUGGGGAGAAUCUCGGGGUUGUACAAGAGAGGAGAUGAUAUCAUUUUAUGAUUCUGAAGGCAAUGUGCCUCUUCAUUCAGCUGUUCAUGGUGGAGACAUUAAGGCUGUGGAGCUGUGUCUUAAGUCAGGAGCUAAGAUCUCCACACAACAGCAUGACCUCUCUACUCCUGUGCAUCUUGCAUGUGCACAGGGGGCAAUUGAGAUCGUGAAGCUCAUGUUCAGCAUGCAGCCUGCAGAGAAGGUGCAGUGCCUGGCCUCAUGUGAUGUGCAGAAAAUGACUCCACUCCACUGUGCUGCCAUGUUUGAUCACCCUGAAAUUGUGCAGUACUUAGUUUCUGAGGGUGCAGAUAUCAACCCUCUGGAUAAGGAGAGGCGCUCACCUCUUCUGUUGGCAUCUUCUCGUGCUGGUUGGCGCACUGUGCAGAUUCUCAUUCAACUGGGUGCAAACAUUCACCUCAAAGAUGUAAACUCACGCAAUGUCUUACAUCUUGUUGUCAUGAAUGGAGGACGUCUAGAGGAAUUUGCUAAUGAAGUGAUCAAGGCACAGUCUAAAGUGAGUUUGCUGCAGCUACUUAAUGAAAAGGACAAGACAGGUUGUUCACCUUUGCAUUAUGCAAGUCGUGAGGGCCACAUCCGCAGUCUGGAGAACCUUAUCAGACUUGGAGCCUGUAUCAACCUUAAGAACAAUAACAAUGAAAGUCCUCUGCACUUUGCAGCCAGGUAUGGAAGGUACAACACAGUUCGUCAGCUUUUGGAUUCUGAAAAAGGGUCUUUUAUCAUCAAUGAAAGUGAUGGGGAGGGUCUCACACCCCUACAUAUUGCAUCACAACAAGGACAUACCCGAGUGGUGCAACUGCUACUGAACAGAGGUGCUCUCUUACACCGAGACCACAAUGGGCGUAAUCCACUACACCUUGCUGCAAUGAGUGGCUAUACACAGACCAUGGAACUGCUGCAUUCCGUCCAUUCACAUCUACUUGAUCAGGUUGACAAAGAUGGGAACACAGCAUUACAUUUGGCAACUAUGGAUAAUAAACCAAAUGCUGUAGCUUUGUUGUUAUCCAUGAACUGCAAGCUGCUGUAUAACUGCCAUGACAUGAGUGCAAUUGACUACGCCAUUUAUUACAAGUUUCCGGAAGCUGCGCUUGCUAUGGUUACACAUGAGGAGAGGGCUCAAGAGGUGAUGGCUCUCAAGUCAGACAAGCACCCCUGUGUGACUCUUGCUCUAAUUGCAUCCAUGCCAAAAGUGUUCGAGGCAGUCCAAGAUAAAUGCAUCACAAAGGCAAACUGCAAAAAGGACUCCAAAUCAUUUUAUAUCAAGUACAGCUUCUCAUGUCUACAAUGUCCAGCCAUGUAUGCACAGAUGGAUCAACGUACUGGUGAUGCACUCAUCAUAUCUAAGGCAAUCCCUCUUCCAGCUCUCAACAUCAAGUAUUCAUUCCGUGGCUACCAGGCCUCCAAGGAAUCCGUGGAAUUGCGAAGGAAGCAGUUGAAUGACCCACACUGGCAACCUCCACCCUUAUAUGUAGUCAAUGCAAUGGUGGCACAUGGCCGCGUGGAGCUGCUGGCACAUCCUCUCAGCCAAAAAUAUCUUCAAAUGAAGUGGAACUCAUAUGGAAAAUACUUCCACUUGGCAAAUUUGCUUUUGUACUGCAUAUUCCUAUCCUUUGUUACAAUUUUUGCAGCACAACUUAUGGAUGAUAGUUCUGUGAAUGCUACAGAGAUGAACGAUUCUAACUCAACCUAUACUGGGUCCCAUAAUGUGGCUAAACGAGAGCCUGAAAUGCAUGGCAACUUGCCUGUGAGGUAUACCUGUGCUAUGAUCAUUAUAGCAUACAUUGUUCUCAACUCACUGCGGGAAGUGUUACAACUCUAUCAGCAACGCUGGCACUAUUUACUCGAUCCCAUCAAUCUAGUCUCAUGGCUGCUGUACAUAUGUUCCAUCAUCAUGAUUAUGCCUGUGUUCGCUGAUCAGCUGACUAAGCUGCAGCUGUCAUGUGCAUCGAUAACAGUGUUCCUCAGUUGGUUCAACCUGUUGUUGUACUUACAGCGGUUCGAUCAAGUUGGAAUCUAUGUGGUAAUGUUUCUAGAGAUUCUUCAGACACUAAUCAAGGUGCUCAUUGUAUUCUCUAUUCUUAUCAUUGCAUUUGGGCUUGCUUUCUACAUCCUCCUGUCCAGGGGAGGCCACUUGUCAUUCAGCAAUGUGCCCAUCUCACUUAUACGAACAUUUUCCAUGAUGCUUGGUGAGAUAGAUUUCCUUGGCACAUAUGUACAACCAUAUUAUGAUGAGAAUGAAAGUAAAGAGAAGAAACUGCCAUAUCCCAUUCCUGCUUUUCUUAUCCUUGGACUUUUCAUGGUGUUUAUGCCAAUUCUUCUCAUGAACCUCCUCAUUGGUUUGGCUGUUGGAGACAUAGAGUCAGUGAGAAGAAAUGCUCAGCUCAAGAGACUUGCCAUGCAGGUUGUGUUGCAUACUGAAUUGGAACGCAAGCUGCCACAGUUCCUACUUGAAAAAGUUGAUAAGAUGGAACUCAUUGAGUUUCCUAAUGAUACAAAGUGCAAGCUUGGCUUCCUGGAUACGUUACUGAGGAAGUGGUUCUGGAAUCCCUUCUCAGAUGAUGGGCUUGAAAUUGUGCUGGACAGUUCAGAUGAUUAUGUAUCUGAGGAGUUAACAAAGCAGAAGAAGAGAUUGAAAGAGAUCUCAUCAGCAUUGGAAACACAACAUUUACUCCUACGUCUCAUUGUCCAGAAAAUGGAGAUCAAGACAGAAGCAGAUGACGUUGAUGAGGGAGUUUCUCCCAAUGAAAUUCGCCCAUUGCUUGGUAUAGCCAAUAAGUGGACCUCCCCCAGAGUCCGUAAGAAACUUCGGUCUACAUUAAGCUUUUCAAAGAACCAACCAACAUAGCAACUUGUAUCCAUGAGCAACAUAUGUGCUGUCAUUUACUGGAUAGAAAUUCUGUCAGAACUACGUCUUAAACAGACCAUUGUUCGGCAUGUGCCUCAACUUGUAGACAGUGUUACAUACUUUUUGAAUAACAUGGAUCUGCUGGUUUUAUUCUUUAUUCUAGUCAGUCUGUACAAAGAUGAAAUAAUUACAAAUAAAUGCUGGAAAAGGUAAUACAGAAUAUACUUUAGAUAAGAGAAUCCUCUAAGGCAAUCUCGUUGACACUCAUCAUUAAAGUGAUUACAGCUCAUGAACAGAGUCAUUUAUAUUAGUAAACAGGCUCUGAACACAGUGUGUACUGUUUAUAACAGCUGAAAAUUUGAAUAUAAUUACGAAACAGCUAAGAGACUAUUAGCUUCUCAAGGACUGUACUCCCCGUUGGUUAGUUACAUAACAUUUGUUAUGGAAGACAAUGAAAAUAUCUGAAAGUUUAUGCAAGAAUGCUUACAAUUUCUAGAUAUUCCAGUACAUUGCGCAUAUAAGAAUUAUACAUGUGGGAAAACAGAAAAUUGUUAAAUUAAAUAUUUGUCAGUUAUGAUGAAAAAUGUUAGUACACCCUAUUGGCAGCUUGAGACAAUACCAUUCUUUACAAUUUUUAGAGAGACAAGUAAGAACUAGAAAAUAAAAUUGCUUGAGGUGAGUCUGACCCUAGGCCUUCAAAAUGGAACAGGUAUGCUAUGCAUGAGCCACCAAACUGAGCAUUCUUUACUUCUUUCAUUCUUUUUUAUACAUUCGGUCUUAUGCUCAUCCGCAAGUUGGCCUUCCCUGCUGGAUAAAAAAAAAAUCAUUAUUAAAUUUUACUUCUGUAAUGCUCAUAUUUAUUAAAGAAGCUGUUCUGAGUAGAGUACAUAAAACCAACUUUCAUGUUGCAUACGUCCAGUUCUACAAAUCUAGUGCUGUUAGCUACACAUCUUCUUGAGAGCAGAGCAUUACUUAAGUACAGUUCUGCCCACAUUAAAUUUGUCAGACAUAACCUCAAAAUUCCACGCCAUACCAGUGGUUAUAUUUAUUGUCUUAUAAACAAUGUCUCAUAAAGAAUCUGUAAUUAUAUUUAUGAUCUAUCUCCAUAUCAGUUUCCCAAUUCCUGUCUCUAGUGAUUUUUUAGUUAUUGCCAUCAAACUUGCUUGCCAGUGUGUGUUUGGAAUGCCAUUCAUCCACCAUGCUGCAACUGCUAGUUGUAGGAGAUGAAAAAUGGAUGUGGUUCAGUGGUCUUUAAUGGCAUAUAGUUCAUAACAAAUUUCAUUAAAGUUGGUCACAGCUGGUUCACAAGUUCAAAUGGGGAGAUCCUGACAUUUGCAGAGACAUUAUGGAGGUUUCAUAAUCCAACUUUUCUUAAGAAAGGAGGGUAGCCUAUAAAGAACAGAACAACUUUUACUGAAAUGUGUAAUUUAAAUAUGUUUUGAGAAUAUGUUUACUGUGUUAACUCAGUAAUGAACUCAUUAUAGCUAGUAUUAAGGUUGUAUUUACACUGUAAUUUGUUUAACCAGUUGUAGAAUGCAUCAUUUUAUAUUUUACACAAUCUGUUACUGGUUAAAAGAUCUGGAAAGUUUGAUUGAUAAUUAUAUCUGUAGAUAUCUUGUGAAACAAAUGUAAUUGCAGUAUUUCUUGUAGCUAUGUUUGCUGUAAGUACUUGAAUUUUAAUUUCAGUUAACUGUAGUACGUAUCACAGUAUAUUUAAGAUACCUUUUACAUGCUUCUUGAAGCAAGAGUUGUCUUACUUAAGUGACUGUCUCUUACACAUAUACACUAUAUGCUACUUAGUUCUUGUUGGAGUAUUUAUACUGCCAUUCAUCAACCUGCAAAAAGGUGUUUGGAUUGAUUGUCUUUUGCAGUCCAUAUCCAUCAUUUUGUGGCCUUUCCAGUGAAAUGUUUGAUCUAUAUAAAUUAUAAACCAAGAGAAAACUGUACUUCUUAAUGUAGCAUUAUUCAGGGAGAUCUGGACUGUUAACCAUAUAAAGGCAGAAUUAUAGUUCUUUACAUCA